AUGCAUACUUGCUACUCUCUUUUAAAAAAUGUUUCCACUUUAAAUAUUGAAGAACGAAAAAUUGAAAUUAAGAAAAAAUCACCCACAAUGGAAGGCAAUCAAGAAGAGAAUAAAACCGAACCCAUUACUGUGUCAUCUCCAAUCCCUCAUCCCUCACCUUCAUCAUCACCAAAGCCUACAAGCAAUCAAAACGACGAAUCUUCAACAGAUCCCAAAUAUGAAAAAAUACAAACCAUAAAAGUGAAUGAAAUAAGUGCCAUCGGUGCUGAAAAUAAAAAAUUAAGCAAAGCCAACACAUCGAGUGUUAUGAACUCAUCAUUGAACCUGUUUCAAGAUCAGAGUCAUCAAAAUGCGUUUACAAGAAGACGACUCACAAUGUUCUCAACUUUGGGCAUUUUUCAGCUGAUCUUGAGCAUUUUACUCAGUGCCUUUGGCGGAUUGCUUCUUGCAAGAAAUGCUUCACUUUCAUCAUUUGGUUCAGGCAUUUGGAGUGGAAUCUUCUCAGGGAUUGCUGGCUCUUUAGGUAUCAUGAAUCUAAAGCCACUACUCAAUGGAUUCUUAGCAUGCAGUUUGAUUUCUGUUGCCACUGGAACUUUGGCACUUGCUUUAACUGGAAUUGGAUUAGUACGUGACUACAACAUUUACCAACAAGAUCCGGAGAUUUUCGGAGCAAUAACUGCAGCACUAGCAUUGACAUUCCUACUGGUACUUCAUCUCUUCACAAGCUUAUUUUCAGUGUAUUAUUCAGCACUUACACUAUGUUCAAAGUAA